UAAAAUUUAGCCACGAAGUGAGCUGUCCCAGCCAUAUUUUGAUUUUCCGCUCUGUUGUCCCGCAUGAGCUUCUAUGGAGAUUUCUUCAAACACUACCACCGUCUUCUUUACCUCCUACAAGUCUGCUCAAGGGUUCGUUCCCUUGACACAACAAAACCUCUCCACGCACUAACUAUCACUCUUGGUCCAAGCCCCAACCAACCUACUUUUCUUUAUAACAAUAUUAUCUCUCUAUAUGCUUCACUGGAUGAGUUGCCAAUGGCACAUAAGGUGUUUGAAAACAUGCCCCAAAGGAGCGUUGUAUCCUAUAAUUCAAUGAUCAGUUCCUAUUGUAGGUAUGAUUAUUUAGAGGAAGCCUGGGCAAUUUUUCGUCAGAUGAAAAAUUUUGGGUUUAGGCCCAACAACUUCACAUUUGCUGGAUUAUUGUCGUGUGCAUCUAUGGAUCUGCGUCUUGGGGUUCAGUUGCAGACAUAUGCAAUGAAGAAUGGGUUGUUUUACGCUGAUGCUUAUGUGGGUACUGCUUUGUUGGGUUUGUUUGGAAGGUUUGGGUGGUUAGAUGAGGCAUUCUGUGUUUUUGAGGAUAUGCCUGCUAAGAGCUUGGUGACAUGGAAUUCAAUGAUAUCUUUGUUUGGAAAUCAAGGCUGUGUCGAAGAUUGUGUGCAUUUAUUUUGUGAGUUUUUUAGGAAAGAGGGUUGUUUGUCUGAAUGUUCUUUUGUGGGUGUCUUGUCUGGAUUAGUAUGUGAGGAAAGUUUGGAAUUUGGAGAGCAAAUACAUGGUUCAGUCAUUAAAAGAGGGUUUGAUUAUAAAGUUUCAGUCGUGAAUUCCCUUAUUAAUAUGUAUGCGAAAUGUGCAAGCAUGCACCUAGCGGAGAAAACGUUUGAGGAGGCAGCUUGUACAGAUGUUGUGACAUGGAAUACAAUUAUUGGUGCAUUGGCAAAAAACAAGAAGCCGAGAGAAGCUUUAGAGCAAUUUUUAAAAAUGUAUAAGAAUGGAAUUAUGCCUAACCAGACUACAUUUGUAAGUCUCAUCAGUUCUUGUGCCAAUUUACUGAUCCCAAUGUAUGGAGAAUUUGUCCAUGCUAAAAUAAUCAUGCAUGCUCUGGAAACUGAUGUUUAUGUUGGUAGUGCCUUGGUGGAUUAUUAUGCUAAAUGUGGCAAACUGGAUGAUGCCAAGCGUUGUUUUGUUACAAUAAAUGAGAAGAAUGAGGUUUCUUGGAAUGCUUUAAUUCAGGGUUGUGCGAAUAAAUGCCCUUCUGCUUCUAUUUCCUUGCUUCUAGAAAUGCUUCAAUGUGGAUACCGGCCUAAUGAGUUUUCAUUUUCAGCUGUUCUGAAAUCAUCAUCAAAAUUAGAGAUACAGCAACUUCAUUGUCUGAUUAUUAGAAUGGGCUAUGAGGAUAAUGAAUAUGUGUUAGCUUCCCUUAUUUCAUCCUAUGGCAGGAAUGGUCUCAUAUCUGAUGUGCCUGUCUUCAUUGCAGCUUCUGAAACACCACUUUCUGCUGUUCCCUCUAACAAUAUUGCCGGAAUCUAUAACAGAUCUGGCCAGUACCAUGAAGCAUUAAAGUUGCUUUCUCAGCUUGAAGAACCAGAUGAUGUUUCUUGGAAUAUUGUCAUUGCAGCUUGUGCUCGCACUCGUAAUUAUAAAGAGGUUUUUGAACUUUUCAAGCACAUGCUUAUGGCUCGAAUCCAUCCAGAUAAUUAUACGUAUGUUAGCCUUAUAAGUGUGUGUAGUAAGAUUUGCGAUCUUGCUUUGGGUAGUUCUGUUCAUGGUUUCCUCAUAAAGAUUAAUUUCAGUUUUUGUGAUGCUUUUGUCUGCAAUGUAUUGAUAGACAUGUAUGGAAAAUGUGGGUGCCUUGGAAGUUCAGUAAAAAUCUUUAAUAGUAUGACAGAUAGAAACCUCAUCACAUGGACGGCUCUAAUUUCAGCCCUUGGAAUUAACGGUUGUGCCUAUGAAGCAUUGGAAAGGUUCAAAGAGAUGGAAUAUCUGGGGUUUAGACCCGAUAAGGUUGCUUUUAUUGCAGCACUUACAGCAUGCAGACAUGGUGCUUUAGUAAGAGAAGGGAUAGAAUUGUUUGAGAAAAUGAAUAGUUAUGGUAUUGAACCAGAAAUGGAUCAUUAUCAUUGUUUUGUGGAUUUAUUGGCGAGAAAUGGACAUGUUAGGGAAGCAGAGAAAGUAAUUUCCAGCAUGCCUUUCCCACCUAAUCCCUACAUAUGGCGUAGUUUCCUUGAAGGCUGCAAGAGAUAUGGUACAGUAGAGGAUCAAGUUAUGGGAAUGUGAACUUAAGGCUUGUAGACUGACAAUGAGACAUCAGACAUGCAAAUUGAACUUGUUCAAUGAAUUAUUUUCUCAAAUGUUCCUCGUGACUUUCUGACCUUUGAAGUUCAUGUCACCUAGCGCAUUUAUGUCAACAAAAAAAGAAAGAUCUCAAAGUGUAAAUUUCCAAGGUAGCUGAUUGUUUAUUUUGGCUGGUGGUGCUGAUUUAAGCUCGCAUAAUGCAGAUGGAGGGCAAACAGCAUUACGGAUUUAGCAAAAGGAUUUCUUCUUCCUUUCUUCUCUACUUGAUAUGGGGUGCCAUACUGAUCUACUGUCAUCAUGAAAUUUUGUAAUAUUAAACGAUCAGAAGUGGCAAACCUCAUAUUUUGUGGACAGCAUCGAGAGCAUGUUCCCUUGAGCACAUUCGCACCAACCCAAAACUUGUUAUGAAUCUACGAACAAAAAAUUCAUUUUGAGCAAUCUUCUCCUGCUUCAUCAACAGAUGCCAAAUAUUUCCUUUGAUCAAGGUUUUGGUUGUGUUCAUGAUUGUGUUGAUGAUGAUACUUGUGAUGAGGUCUGAGGCAAGAGAGCUUGAUAGCGGCCUUCUUUUACACAAAAUGGGAUACACUGAAUCAAAACUGGAGUAUCACUGGAGGAUUUCUAAGCUAAAUUCAUAUACUGAUAGAGUGUCACCUGGAGGACCGGAUCCUGAGCAUCACUCUCAUUUUCCAGGAAAGCCUUGACGUCUUAAUAUAUGUAAGAUGCAGCACCUAUAUAUACUUAAGUGUAUUUUUGGUUGCUUAUGUUUCCUGUCUUUUGAAUAAAUAUAUGUAUGCUGCUUGGCCUACUGCUAUAUACGUGUGACACUAAAAUAAAAGCUAUUGUAGAAUGUAGAAAACUGCAACCAAGAAGUUUCACCUGCACGUUGUAAGAGGGGCUUGUCUCAUAUAUAUCUUGCAAUGAAUGAAAUAUAUAUUUUUCUCAAGAA